CUCCAGAGCUCAAAGCUUCGCCAUAGCUUGAGCUUCUGCUGGUUUCCGUUGAUCUAUCUGCCGUCCGUCACAACACACACUGUCGCCACCGACUGGCCAUGGCACGUAUUUCCGCGGCAGUGCUCAGCAAAUAUCUCCUUUCCGGGGAACUUAGUUGCCGAGGGUGCCUGGGUGCUCGUCGCGUCUCCUUUUCGUCGGAGUCGGCCAGCUAUUCCGCGAGACAAACACGCCACUUCACUGCUCGUGCGACUCCAAUCACCGGCCCGGCUCCUGUCCCUGCUCUGGCCUUUCAAUCCUCUAAUCCCUCACCCGUUCCACUCCGACAGCAGCUCAAGGCUCAAGCGAGGGCUCUCAAGUCGUCGGGCGAGAAGCGCAAGAAGAACGCCGACAACCAGACGGUGCCGGGCUGGGAGCUGACAGUUGGCAUCGAGAUUCACGCCCAGUUGAACACGGCCCGCAAGCUCUUCUCCCCCGCCGCCGCCUCGUUCAACGACGCCCCCAAUACCCAUGUUGCCCUCUUCGACGUCGCUCUGCCAGGCUCCCAGCCCUCCUUCCAGUCCGACGCUCUGAUCCCCGCCGUGCGAGCCGCCCUUGCCCUCGACUGCACCGUCCAGCCGGUCAGCCGCUUCGACCGCAAACACUACUUCCACUGGGACCAGCCCGCCGGUUACCAGAUAACACAGUACUACGAACCUUUUGCCACCGACGGCCGGAUCGUGUUAUACCCGAGAGAUGGCAUUGCGCCCCAGGAUGGCGAGGCCAUUGAGGUUGGCAUCAAACAAGUUCAGAUGGAACAGGACACAGCCAAGACGACGGCCCAGCCCGGUGGCGUGCAGUGGCUCGACUUCAAUCGCGUCGGCAUGCCUCUGAUUGAAGUCAUCACCCUGCCGCAGAUACACUACCCAGCGACAGCGGCUGCGCUCGUGCGCAAGGUGCAGAUGCUGCUAAACUCGGUUGACGCGUGCGUCUCUGGCAUGGAGGCUGGCGGCCUACGUGCCGAUAUCAAUGUCUCGGUCCGGAGAAGCGACGAUACCACGGGGCCCCUGGGCACACGCACCGAGAUCAAGAACCUGAGCAGCUUCAAGGCGGUCGAGGAUGCAAUCAUUGCCGAGCGGGAUCGCCAGAUAGCGCUUCUCGAGUCUGGUGGUGUUGUGGUGGGCGAGACUCGUGGGUGGUCGCUGGGAGGCACCGAGACCCGGCGUCUUCGCGGCAAGGAGGGGGAAGUUGACUACCGCUACAUGCCAGACCCGGAUCUCGGCCCCGUCGUCAUUGACGAUCAACUUGUUCGCCACUUGAAAGACUGGAUGGGCGUUUUGCCAGAUGCCGAGAUUGACCAGCUGAUUGGGGACUACGGGUUGAGCUCCAAGGACGCCUUAUCGCUAAUUCUGCUGGACGAUGGCGCCCGUGUCCAGUACUUUUACAACGUUCUAGAUGCCAUAGAGGCGCGUCUCGGCUCCAAUGCAGAUCAUGAGUCACUCGCCACGUCGUCUGGGCGCAGCCAUGCGCUGCUCGUCGCCAAUUGGUGUCUGCACGAGCUCGGGAAACUCACUGAGGUCUCGGCGGACCUUGGCAUGACUCCGGAAGGCGAGUGCCGUGUUCCCUCGACUGACCUUGCAGCGAUCCUCUACCACCUACACUCUAGGACUAUUACGGCCAAGGUUGCCAAGGAGUUGCUUUGGAGCGUCUUCCGCGGAGAAAUCGCCACCGGCGCGGUCACAGCGGUGGUUGAGGCGAAUGGCCUAUGGUUCAAAGAGUUGCCUGACGAGGAAUAUGCCGCCCUCGCCGACCAGGUCAUCGAGGGCGAGGAAAAGGUCUUGGGAGAGUUUCUGCGCUUCCAGGAUGGCAAGAGUAAGGCCUACCCGCAUGGCAAGCUCAUGUUCUUGGUCGGCAGAAUGCUGCGGUCUGGUCCAGAGCAAAUGAUGGACCCAGUUUCUGCAGAAAGAGUGAUGCGGGCCAGGAUAGCUGAGGUCUAUAUUCCUGCGCUGCAGGCCAAGAAAUAAAGCGGCUGCGAGUGCUGGCGGUUUUGCCACUCGAACUGAACAUGGGAUGUUAAAUUUGCAGAGGGAUGACAUCCCGAGUCUCGAUGACACUGGACCUUCAUCCCAUCCUGUGCCAUAAAGCAUGCCUAUCCUAUGACGCCGGGGCGCGCAAGCGAAUGUUCAGAGACUUACGGAGUAACUACCAUUGAUUGAUACCAGUUACGCCUCGAGCCUCGGCGAUCGUGGAUGUGAUAUGAAGUUUGAACUACAUGUGGGCCUGUGA